CACAGCGGGUGACUAUGGCAGUCUUAUAAGAUUUCUAGCGACUUUCGGUUAAUCUGAAAAUUAUACGAUAAAUAGCAGCAAUGAUUAACAGAAUCAUUCUGCGUACGACUUUAAAGACGAACUGAGAUGUAGAGUAAUACGUUGUGUUUAGUCGACUUAAUAGAAGAUGUGAAUUGUAUGUUCAUAUUAUAUUAGGCUAGUCUAUUUGAUGGUUAUCAGUAUGAUAUAUGUUAUUUUGCUUCUCGGGACAUGAUACGAUACGUUUAUCAUUAACGGAUACCUUACUAAUAGAUGUACCUGGAAAAUACAAAUACACAAAUGUGUACAAUUAGCUAAGAUUUGGUGAAAAUGGGAGCUUCGUUGUCUUUUCCGGAAGAGGAAAUCAAUCAUGAGAGAACAUAUUUGAUAACUGGAGGAAAUUCAGGUAUUGGGUAUGAAGCAGCUAAGACGAUAGCAGGUUUGGGAGCUCAUGUGAUUAUUGCUUGCAGAAAUUUGACCAAGGCCGAAACAGCCGUUAAAAAUAUGCAAGAGGAAUAUAUUAAAGACUUUAGUUUGAAGAUGGAGAAGGAAUUAGAGGCUAACAGACGAGAUCCAAGGAAGUUGAAUAUUGAAAUAAUGGAAUUAGAUCUUGCCUCCUUUGCUGCCACAAAACGGUUUAUUGAAGCAUUUAAAGCUAGAAAUUGUAAAUUGAAUGUCCUGGUUUGCAAUGCUGGAAUAGCAGUGAAAUCCAAAGAAUUAACAGAAGAUGGUUAUGAAAUGAUGUUACAAGCUAAUUAUUUAUCUCAUCUAUUAAUCAUUCUUCAUUUUCUACCAAUUUUAACGGCAUCUGGUGAUGACAGCAGGAUUGUCCAAACAUCAUCUAUAGCUCAUACAGUUGGUAAAUUUGACUUGACAAAUAUAAAUGCUCAGAAAUCGUGGGGAGAAAUAACAUUUUAUGGUAGUUCCAAACUAUACCAGAUAAUGUCAAUGUUGUGGUUAAUAAGAAAUAUAAAGUCUAUAGAGGUCACAAUAUCCUCGUGUCAUCCUGGUAUAGUCUAUACUCAGAUGACUCAAACAAAUGAUUACUUGUUUGUAAGAGCAUUUGCAAAGACUUAUUUUGCCAGAAGUGCUUUUGAGGGUGCUGCAACUAUUAUUAAAGCUGCUAUAGAUAACUCGUUACAAGGACAAACUGGUAUUUAUAUGAGUGACUGUAAAAUCAAAACACCAUCUUCACUAGCAAGAGAUCCUGAAAAACAAGAUGAACUAAUGAAAUGGAGUUUGGAGAGCUUAAAACCACAUCUACCAGAGAAUUUAACUGAAAUACUCAAUUAUGAUCAAUAACAUACAAUAUCAUAAAUAUAUGAGCCGAUAAUCCAGCUUGUCGAUAACUUAAUAAAUAUUUUUCGAUUUUU